CGGACAAGGAAGUGAUGUCAAAAAGUUUUUCCGACUACUAGUGUGUGCUGCUAAAUCCUGAAGUGCGUCGUUAAGAAUGACUUCUGUUAGUCGUAAAAGUAAAGGCCAUGAUUUGGUCGAGAAAUACCGGACCCACUUGGAGAGCCGAAUCGGGAAGGGGGAUCGGAGUUUUGUAUGCAGAGAUGAGAAGCUUUGCAAGGAAGUGGAGGUGCUGCUUACCAAAGGCAAUGCAGAGAAGAUCCUUAAUCUACGUGGGCUAGAAUCCCUGACAGUAAUAGAGAACUCACUCCAAGCAUUUUCCUUUAAAACUGGCCAUCUGGGUCUUGAAAAAGUUUCCAAGGCCUUUGAAGUGUUGGAGCUUGCUGCAUUAAACCUCUAUCUGUAUCCAUGGAGAAAGGAAUACAAGUUUGUGAAGAUGUUCUCAGGCAUGUUCACCCAUUGCAUCAAACCUGCAUUAACCCUGCAGCAGGCCAAAGAGCUGUUUGGGUUACUUGGAUAUCAGCCUGUAAGCCAUUAUGAAGAACAAGAGUUGGCACUGGACUCCAAACUACUUACUGCGGAUUUCAUACUCGGCCUGGCGUGUGCCUUCUUCACCGCUCGUAUAGAGUGCCAGCUGCUCCUUUCCACCUUGGGCUCUGUGGACACAAGUGUAGAGUCGGUUCUCCAGCUAGUUAAAGAGAGGCAGAAAGGCCACAGCCUUCACUUGGCAUUAGAGAACACUAAGAAAAAAAUAGAGGCUGCUCAUUCUUCACAUGCCAAACUGACAGGUGCCAUAGAUUCAGAGCUGGAUCUGUACACAGAUAAGCAUUUGCCACAGGCAGAUGCUAGUCACAUGACAUCCAGUUCAUCUGCACCUCCUCGCUCUUCUUAUAUACAACCGAAAGAGACCUUCUUUAACAACUCUCUAUACGGACACCCCUCAUACAGGUUAAAUAAUGAAAACACUAGUCAGGAAGAAGCACUUUGUGUUUCAAUGCAUCAGUGCCAAAUCAGCAACCCCAAAACCCAUGUAUCACUUUCCCAGAAUCCAGGGUUAAUGGAAAGCAUUGGUAAAGAUCAAAUAGCAGGUGAUGGCAAGGAACAAACAGCAGAAGUGGGAGAGGUCAUAUGCACUUGUAUCACAUCAUCGCUUUUGUUUCUAUACUACUGCAAGCAGUGCAACCACAUUCACAGUCCAGAUUGUAUAUAUUAUAAUAUUUGCACAGGUAAAGGGCAUACUUUAUCACUGUGCGACAUUGAACAGCAACAAAACACAAACAUCCCACAUUUUAUACCAGAUGAUCAGCCUAAACGGGGCAAAGAUUUUCUUAAAAAUCAUCAAUGUAUGUGCAAUUCAACUGCUGAUAAAUUUUUGGUGUGCCACAGCUGCCAGAUAAUCCAUGACUGGAGCUGUGAAAAUGUUAAAGUGUGCGAAGCGCUGCAUCACAACUUGCAGUUUACGGGAGUAAUACAACCUCCUCAAGAAGUUAAUGCUCCAAAGAGGCACUUUUGUCUUACUUCAGAGUCUCCAGAAUACGUGAUCUGCCACACCUGUAACAUUGCCCAUGAUUGCCGAUGUACAGACUAUGCUCAAAAUUGCAUUGCACAACAGCAUGAUGUGCUGUACCACCAGGAAUUACGUGAAAUGCACAACACACCAAUAAAAUAUCACCAGUGUUGCAUUGCCAAGCAGCCAUUGCCUGAAAUCGCAUGCCUCACUUGUAAAGCUUUUCAUUCGUCUACGUGUUCUGAUAGUUGGGAGUGCUCUUACAAACACAAAAUACAUCGCCUCGGAACUAAAUGUGUCACUUGUCUCAGUCGUGAGAUUCACACGCUGUGUAGGUAUUGCUUUCUCCUGUAUUGCAAAGCCUGUUGGUAUAAAGAUCCCAUGACAUGCAAGUGUGGAAAUCUUUUUGACUCUCUCAACUGUUCUCCAGUUUAAA